AUGCAGCACUUCACCACGCAGCUGCGCCAUGAACAGAACAGGACACGCUCGUUGCGCGCGAGUCAGUACCACAGGGCAAGAAGAAAUAAAGAUAAAAGGAAGGAAGAUGAAUCACUUGCGGAUCUAGAGGCCGACGACGAAACGCAGCCAGACGCCAUAGCCCAAUCGUACGCCUCGUCCACUGCGCCUGGAAUAGCUCAGCUGCGUGUCGCAGGCCUAUUGCCCAGUCAAGAGGACAAAGUCCCUCCACCACCCUUCCCCCAUGCAUCUGCGAGCGUGUCCAAACAACACAAUGGCCCCGCUAAAGUCCAAGAGGAAAUGGCCAGACCGCCUUCACGCCUCUACGCCGUCCACGCCUCUUCAAAAGGUGGUGCCGUCCAAGGCCAUCCAGAGGCUCAGAAGAGGGCUCAUCUCGAUUCUCUGUCGACGCUGAUGCAUUGCUGUCUGCUCAAGGGAGAUUACGAGCGUGCGGGGAGAGCGUGGGGCAUGAUUUUACGGACGCAGGUUGCUGGUGGGCGCCCUGUAGAUCCCCGUAACCACGGACGCUGGGGCAUCGGUGCUGAAAUAGCGCUGCGUCGAACGCCACAGACGCUGAUGGAGCACAGAUUCUCUCCAGAAGGCUUUGAGCUUGCUCGUGAAUAUUAUAAUCGUCUCAUUAUCCAACACCCAACCCGGAAAUUGCAACCCCAUGCUGUUGACGAGAGGACAUUUUACCCACCCAUGUUCUCGUUGUGGAUCUACGAAGUCCGCGAAAAGAGCAAGCGUGCAAGACAGCAGCUGCACGACGACGUUGCAAACCAAUCGCGCUCCUCUCGAAGCACGUCAGUCGACAGUAACAUCAGUGAGACUCCGGACAACUCUUCCGCAAAAGAGGCGACAAUUCAAGCGGAGGAACUUAAUCAGGCUCUGGAGAUUGCAGAGCGCCUCGACCAAGUCAUAUCAUCUCCGCCAUUUGAUAAGCAGGCAAGUCUCCUGGAACUCCGUGGCCACAUUUCUUUAUGGGUUAGUGAUCUCACAAUGGGAGAUAUGGACAUCCAUGCGGACUGGGCUAUGAAUCCAUCUACGCACUCAAGUCCAGCUCCAGAACAGCUCAAACGACUUGCAAAAGCUCAUCAUGAAGUGCUAGCAGCGCAGGCGUUUCUCGAACGAGCUGUUGCGAAUGGGGCUGAGAGCCAGGCAGCAACUCUGUCAAGUAUCAACAUCAAGCGUAGGAGUCUGGUCAAAACUAUGGAGCAGUUGCGUACUGCCAGGUGA